AUGCAGUUCGCGCCAUUCGCAUCCGACAUCGAUGUCGCAUUCUUUUCCUCUCUUGCGUACCACAAAAUCAAUUAUGACAAGCUGGACUCGUCCGCUCGCCGAGUUCUGGGUAUCUACGAAAUCCAGCCGAACGAUGCACCCGGAAAUUCAUGUCGCAUGCAAAUCGGGGGUACUGCCUUGACUGCAGAUGAGCCAGCAGUGGGGCAGUUUCGAGCGGAGGGCAUAAUACGGAACUUCAACACCGUCGAGGAGUUCAAGAAAACCAACUACGCUGAAAUCAUUCAGAAAUCCGGCCGAACGACAUGGGAAGCAAUCCAUGACGGGUCUAUAUAUUCGAUCCCUUCCCUUCUCUCCUCAUUUACAAUACUUUCUUUUGCCAACCUAAAGAAGUAUCAUUUCCAAUACUGGUGCGGCUUUCCAGCUCUUCAUUCCUCUCCACCUUGGUCCGUCGUCGGCCAGCGUCGGCAAUUCAGUGUAGAGGAAACUUCAUCCUUGUGUGAUGUCGUUACUACGUGGCGAUAUAGUAUCGACAGCAGACAACGAGGUUUUUUUUUGGUUAAAAGAGUUAAAUCCCCUAUCGAUGACGAGGAUACUGUUUGGAAACUAGCCCCAUUGGGGGAUUACGAACGAGGAUUCUUCAAUGAUGUUGAAGAUAAGAAGAAAGAUACUUUUGUUGCUUUCGCGGAUCCAAGUAACUUCGAAGAGCACCCCGGAUGGCCCUUGCGAAAUCUCCUUUACUUGAUCAGGAAGCGGUGGAAGCUCCAAGAAGUGAACAUUAUUGGUUACAGGGAUGUCCAUGCCUUGAGGCACCAACCGAGAAGCGUUAUUUGGACUCUGAAAGAUGACAGUCCCCCAGAUCUCUCGGAUUUAUCCAUAAAAGACGCCCCUCUUCCAAAAAUAACCGGGUGGGAAAGGAAUCGAGAAAAAAAGCUAGCUCCUAGGAUGGCAGACCUCUCUCAAAUAAUGGACCCGACACGACUGGCUGAUUCAGCCGUUGAUCUUAACAACCGCCUGAUGAAGUGGAGAAUUGCGCCCAAUCUAGACCUUGACAAGAUCAAAGGCACUAAAUGUCUGCUACUGGGGGCCGGGACUCUCGGAGCCUACGUUUCACGUAUCCUUCUCGGAUGGGGAGUCCACAAGAUUACCCUCAUCGAUAAUGCCACGGUCUCUUACUCAAACCCUGUGCGACAACCGCUGUUCAAGUUUGAAGAUUGCUUAAAUGGUGGUCAGCCCAAAGCUAUUAAAGCGGCUGAAGCUCUGAAGGAAAUCUAUCCAAAUGUUGAUGCACAAGGCUUCAAGAUGAUGGUUCCGAUGGCGGGUCAUCCUAUCCGCGAUGAAGCUCAUGGUGAACAAAUGAAGGCAGACUAUGACAAACUUGUAUCGCUGAUCCAAGAACACGACGCUAUUUUCUUGCUUAUGGACACAAGAGAAAGUCGAUGGUUGCCAACUCUAUUAGGGAAGUUCUACGGGAAAAUUGUCCUCAAUGCGGCUCUCGGGUUUGAUACAUUUGUUGUUAUGAGGCAUGGGGUUCGCCCCGAGCUAGAGACCGAGGAUGAGGGUGAGGCCGUGGACGACAAGAAGCCGCAGGUCACAGAGCCAGUAUCCGAGCUCGGGUGUUACUUCUGCAAUGAUGUUGUUGCACCAGCAGAUUCAAUCAAAGACCAAACGCUGGACCAGAUGUGUACUGUCACGAGGCCUGGAAUUGCUGCUAUAGCAUCCGCCCUGCUUGUCGAACUUUUUGUCUCAAUACUCCAACAUCCUCAAGUUGCGUCUGCCCCCGCACCGGCCAGCCCCGACGAAGAUCGUGGGUCUCAUCCACUCGGAACGGUCCCCCAUCAAAUUAGAGGCUUCUUAUUUAACUUCCAGAACAAACUUAUCCAUGCACCCGGCUAUAUCUAUUGUAGUGCAUGCUCAAAUAAGAUGCUUAGUGCUUUUGACGACGGUGGCUGGGAGUUUGUUAAGAAGGCAAUGAAUGAGCCAGGGUUUAUUGAGGAGGUCAGUGGGCUGGCGGAAGUACAAAAGGCGGCGGCAGCGAUAGAUGAUGAAUUAGAUUGGAGUGAAGACGAUAAUGGGGACGGCGAGGGAGAGAUGCUUUAA